GAACUCAACCUGGCCGUCUUGAGAAAAGGGGUUGUGAUGGUGCUUUAAGGCGGUGGGGCUAAGGAGCAUCUCGGGUUUUUGCAGGCCGCGACCGAAAACAGAGCCGCACGCGCGAGGCCUUUCCCCUUGCAGUGUGACUUGUCAUUUUACCGAAAAAGAGUGUUCCUUGAUUAGAUCCCCAUCAUGGCAGAUCCAGAUCUUGAUUUCACCAGCGGUGAUGCAGGGGCUUCUGCCACCUACCCCAUGCAGUGCAGUGCCCUGCGCAAGAACGGAUUCGUGGUCCUCAAAGGUCGCCCUUGCAAAAUUGUUGAAAUGUCCACUUCUAAAACUGGCAAGCAUGGUCAUGCAAAGGUUCACCUAGUUGGAAUUGACAUUUUCUCAAAUAAGAAGUAUGAAGAUAUCUGCCCUUCCACCCACAACAUGGACGUGCCUAACACCAAGAGAAAUGAUUACCAGCUGGUUGACAUCAGUGAGGGGUUCCUGUCCCUUAUGUUGGACAAUGGUGAUGUGCGUGAGGACCUGCGCGUGCCAGACGGUGACCUGGGCAAAGAAAUCGAAAGCAAAUUUGCAGCUGGUGAAGAAAUGUUGGUUACUGUGCUUUCAGCUAUGGGUGAAGAAUCUGCAGUGGCCGUCAAACCCAUGACAAAAUAGGAAGAGGGAGGGACUGGGCUGCUCAGGCUGUAACAUUCUACACUUUAACAAAUCCUCUUGCAUUUGUUUUUUUGGUUUUAUUUGCCACCAAAGCUAUGGCCUUCACAAGCAACCUCAAUUUUUGGUUGUGAUUGUGUUCCUUUUUUCUUCUCCCAAAACUGUGCUGGACUUGUGUCAGUUGGCAUUCUCUCGGGUAAGAGGUUUAGUAUUGCCAGUGUGUUGACCACAACCCCUCAUUCCACUUUAUUUUUCCCUCAAGUUUUUAUCGCUUACAUUCCUGAAUGUUAAAUAAUGGGAUCCAUUUUUCCUUUUUGUAUUAUCUUUAAUAUUAAUUGGUGUGCAGAAUUUAUGCAAGGUCUUGCGAAGGGAGAAAAGCCCCAACUGACACUAACUUAUUUUGACCCCCCUACUGGGUGCCAUACUUUUUACUUUUUCCUCUUACACGAUCUAUGCCAUACUGGCACUAUGGUUAAUUUCUCUUGACCGAAUGCCUUUUUCCCCAAAAGCGAUAUGCACACUGUUAGUUGGCACUUCCUUGUACUUGCAGAACCACUAUGACGAGAAAUAAACUAGUGUAAUUCCUCUUAAAUGCCGGUCUCAAAUUGUUCAGAAGUGGAAAAGUAUGCAAUGGCCAUGUGCAAAUAUCUCUGUAACCAUAGGAGCCAGUUUGAUUUUUGGCUGUCAUUGGCAACCUUAAAUAAAUUGUUGAAGCCUGUAUUUGUGUCCAGGUAGGCUCUUAUCAGUGCUACCCCAGAAUUAGCUUGGGCACUUGUUAAGGACUAAAUCAUUGAUGCAAGUUCUAAUCUGCCUUUUGUUCACUCGAGGCCUUUGUCACCUGUCUAGAGAGAGCAAAUAAUAAACAAUAGAUGACCUUUCUUGUUCAUGAAACGCUCUUUCAGUAUUUAAAAAAAUAAAUGCUCAAUGCUCGUUAAGGUGUCACUUCAUAGCUUCUGACAUUUGAUCUAAUGGUAUUCUAAAGUUUGAAAUUUUACCAGUCUUUUAUCAAACUGUCUGGGAGAGAGAGAAUAUCCUACACAAUUAAUUCCAGAGGGAAAAUUGCCUAGUUUAACCAGUCUGGUAUUUGCUCCAUUCAAUGAGGUGUAAACUUUAUACUUCAUAGUGGUAUGACUUUUGGGGUGUGCUUUCUCACAUCUGAACCGCACACUGAAAUGUCAGGGAGUUUGUGUUCUCUAUGAAAGUAAAUAUAUUGAUAUGCCACAACAUUGAAACCACUGACAGGUGAAGUGAAUUACAUUGAUUAUCUAGUUACAUUGGCACCUGUUAAGGGGUGGGAUAUAUUAGGCAGCAAGUGAACAGUCAGUUCUUGAAUUUCAUAUGUUGGAAGCAGGAAAAAUGUGCAAGCAUAAGGAUCUGAGCGACUCUGACAAGGGCCAAAUUGUGAUGGCUAGACUAAUUGUUCAGAGCAUCUCCAAAACGGCAGGUGGUGUGGGGUGUUCCCGGUAUUCAGUGGUUAGUACCUACCAAAAGUGGUCCAAGGAAAGGUAAACGGUGAACCAGCGGCAUGGUCAUGGGCACCCAAGGCUCAUUGAUUCGCAAGGGAUAGCCAUCUGGUCUGAUCCCAUAGAAGAGCUACUGUAGCACAAAUUGCUGAAAAACGUAAUGCUUGCCAUGAUAGAAAGGGGUCAUAACUCAGUGCAUCACAGCUUGUCUGUGUGUUGCAGACUGGUCAACAGUGCCCAUGAGUGACAAAAAUUGUUUAGGAAUGGUUUGAGGAAAAUGACAGAGUUCAAUGUGUUGACUUGGCCUACAAAUUCCCCAAAUCCCAUCGAUUGAGCAUUUAUGGGAUGUGCUGGACCAUCAAUUCCGAUCCAUUGAGUCCCCACCUCACAACAUAUAGGACUUAAUGGAUCUGCUGCUAAUAUCGUGGUGCCAAAUAACACAGGACACCUUCAGAGGUCUUGUGGAGUCCAUGCCUUGACGGGUCAGAGCUGUUUUGGUGGCAUGAGGGGACCUAAAUUUUAGGCAGGUGGCUUUAAUGUUGUGGCUGAUCAGUGCAUAUGUGAAUGGAUUUCUGAUUUGACCAUUGUAUGAUUUAACAAGCAAAUGGGAAUUUUAUCCUUUGGAAUCAAACAAGUGUAAGAUUAUUAUGCAUUUAAAGGAACUUGAGUUGAAUGCUGAAUAUUCCUUUAAAUUAAAACAUGAGUCACUAUUUAAAAAGAAAAAGUGAAGACCAUUACAGGGAAAGAAAGGAACAAUGCUUUGUUGGGUUGGGCUGCAGAAUCCGACUGAACCAAAGACUCAUUUCCUAUUUGGCUGGGUGCCCAGACAACACUGAAUAAGUGUAUUGAACAGUCUGUUCAAGACAUAAAUGUCUAAAUUAAGUGUUUUCUCUCAUUUUAAAGUGCAUUACAUGUUGUGACUUCAGAUAAAUUAUUUUAAUGGCAUUUGUUUUGUGAGUUAUUUCUUUUGUGUAGCUUUGGGGUAGCAAUUAAUAUGAAC